AUGAAUCCUUCAAAGAUAAGAAAGAGAAUCGAUCGGUUUCGAAUCCUCGUCAUAGGAAGAGCGAACGCAGGAAAAACCACCAUCCUGCAGAGAAUUUGCAACACACAAGACAAGCCAAAAAUAUACAACAGCGCCGGGAAAGAGAUCGAUCUGACAGUUUUAACGGCAUCCAAAGAGCGCGGAGAGCAUGACAUUGAGAACGAAAUGGUGUUUCAAAGUAACCCGGGCUUCGUGUUUCACGAUUCACGCGGUUUUGAGGCAGGCGGCGAAUCCGAGUUUGAGGAGGUCAAGGCGUUCAUCACUGACCAUUCUAAACGUGGCAGAAUCGCAAAACGACUUCAUGUUAUCUGGUUUUGUAUCCCAAUGGACGAGGCGAGCAGGUCGUUCACUGCAGGCGAGAAAAGGUUUUUCUCUGAGUGCGACACAGGAAGCAUUCCAGUGAUCGUAUUGUUCACAAAGUUUGAUGCGCUAUAUGUCAUCGAAUAUGGAAAGCUGAAAGAGGCAGGAACUUCCCUGAAAGACGCUAAACGACAGGCUCCGGAAUGCGCCAAGAAAACAUUUGCACAUGGUCCACAAUUGAAGUUUUUUGAGGAUGUCCGGCGGCCUCCAAAUUGCCACGUAUGCCUUGCCAAUAUGAACAAGGAUGAUGCAGAUUGCGGCGCAUUGAUCGAACAGACGGCUGGAGCUUUGGAUGACGAAGUACUCAAGAAAUUAUUCGUCUCCACCCAGCAGACCAAUUUGGAGAUCUGCAUGAAAUAUGCGAUUCAGAGAACACUCCCAAAACAUCUUGACUCUACAAAAC